ACGUUCGUUAUUAUUUAUCAAUGUAACUUUGCGGUAACCGGGAAUCGGUAUGUGAAUAAUUUCAUACAAGAAGCGCAUUUAGUUGAGGUGUUUUCUGCGUCAUUAUUUAGCGACUUUCCGGGACAACAACGAUUAUUGUUGGAGUGAUAAUUGUUGUUCAUAUUUGCGCAAAGUGGAACAAGCUUUGGGUUUUGUUGCUGAUUAAAUGCGGCCAGUAAGUUGUUGAGUUUGUCGGUUUUACUCUCCAUUGCGAUGAAGUGAACAGAAAAAACAGAAGUUUUCCAGUUGCGCAUAAAUUUUCCACUGAACAUGAACCAGAAAAUCGAAACGAAUUAACGAAACUAAUCAAAAUGAAAACGGCCAAAUUCGACCUAUGGACCGCUGUGAAAAUCCUUGAAGUGCUUUUAGUCAUCGCGUGCUUGGUGUUCAAAAGAGUCACAGACGAUGAGGCCCGCAGCCUUUCGCUCUACCUGCAGAAGCUUUCCAGAGAAUGGAGUCUUCUGACCAACAUCACUUGGGAUAGAGUUGGAAAUGCAGUGGCGGACGCCACUUUUGGGGGCUAUUUGAUCAUCACCGUUGCCCUACUUUUGGGGAAGCUGUUCGGGGAGAUUCCAACACAGCGGAGGAUCAUGGAAUGGGUUUUAUUGGGCGUUGGGGCCAUCCUUUUCAUUGUCUUAGGAAGUUUAUCGUUCGCCUCAAUUGACUCCGUGCCUCACAAUCUGGUAGACAACGCAGCGAUUCUGGGCACUUUAGCGGUGGUGACUGGCGUUCUUUUCCUGCUGGAUAUGGGAGGCCCGAAAGCGACCCCCCCUCAGAGCCCGGAAGCCCCGAAGAGCUCAAAGAGUUUUGAGGAGAUUGAGGGCGAACGAGGACGUCCCAGACGGAGCAUUAUUGAGCAGAUUGGCGAUAUUGAGCGGGCUGUGGAAAUUUCAGAGCGCACCACUCAUGAAGGAGAUGAGGAUCGAGGGAAGAACAAGAAGGACGUCAAAAAUAAUGGCAUAAAAACGGGGGGCUCCAGGAACGGGGAUAGAAUCGAAGGGCUUGGGAAGGAGGCCCCAAUUUUACCAGGUAGAAGCUACAUCCAUUUGGAUCCAACAUCGAAGGGCUACAAGCAGAUGAGGGACGAAGACUUUGAAAUCCCGCGGAGAUUUGGAAUUUAUGGCAAAGACGUGACGGAUUACGGCACCGAUACUGAUGAAACAGCCAGUAUUCCCCCCAAAAUCGAGCUGCAUACCCCAGUUUGGAGCAAUAUUCGCAAGGGUACAAGACACAGUACCAGCAAUUAUGGGGUAGUGAGCUUUAGGUGAUUGGAUGUGGUUUUUAGCUGCACUUAGGUUUAGAACUUUCGUCGUAUAGUUUUUCACCAUUACACUUAGUGGACUGUGU